UCCCCGGCAGAGAUCCCAUUUGCUGCCUCUGGAGUGUUCGGCUUCCGCGCUAUUUUGGGCCGUUUGCUGGAUGCGUUUGGCUCCUCUGGGCUCCAGGCACAAAGGGGGAGCUUAGCGGAUUGCCUUACAAAGUUAAGAAAGAACUGGUGGUGUGACUGUGUGUGUGUGUGCUGCUGCUACUUUAGAGUAUAGGAAAGCGGUCGUGGGGGAGAUCAUCCAAAGGCAUCUUAGCCCUAGGGGGCGAUGUGCUUUUUUAAAUGGGGGGAAGAGAAGAAGGGUCCUUAAAAGUUUGCAAACUGCAAAUCCCGAACUUUGUUUUUCUCUCUUCCCUCCCUUCUGCUGCUGCUCUUCCGCGCACCUCUCCAAAGGUCAAGCUGUGUGUCCUCCAUUAAGAGUAACUAGUAAUAAGAUUGUUAUUUAAGCAACUUUCCUGGGGUGGUGGAAGGGAGGGGGGAGGCGGCUACAGGAUUUAGAAUGAGGGAAGGACUCGGUUUAAGUUUGAGAUUUAAUAGAUGGCUAUAAAUGGGGGGGGGUGUUGUUGCUGGAACUUUAAAAGGCAGCAAGCUGUGGUUGGCUGGUAGCUAGAUUUGAAGUAACAUAUGGCAUUAAAAGGGGCACAGCUGGAGGUAGCAUUUCCAUCGCAGUGAAGUCAGAGCAGCUGACUCUCCAGCUUGCGGUGUAAUUAGCAAACGGAGCACUCCUCCCAUCCCUCUCCUCCCUCCCAGACGCUCUUUCUUUUUUCCCCUUUCUCUCCCCCCCCCCUCUUUUUUCACACACACAGGCAUUCUUCCUUUACUGGCUAGCAAAAGCCUCUUCUCUUCCCAAACAUUUGGGUGAUGGGGGAGGGGAGACCCGAAGCAAAAAACUUAGGCUGUUCUAGAACUUUGGGGAGGGGGAAUUCGUUUUCCUCCCUAUGAACCCUUCAUUCUGUAUUCCCUGGCUAUUCAAGGUUAUGAAGGAAGAAUGGAGUUCCCAGACCAUAGCCGGCAGUUACUGCAGUGUCUGAGUCAGCAGCGUCACCAGGGCUUCCUGUGUGACUGUACUGUUUUAGUUGGAGACGCUCAGUUCCGAGCCCACAGAGCUGUCCUCGCUUCUUGCAGCAUGUACUUCCAUCUUUUCUACAGGGACCAGCUAGACAAAAGGGACAUUGUGCAUCUGAACAGUGACAUUGUGACAGCCCCAGCCUUUGGCUUGCUGCUUGAAUUCAUGUACGAAGGCAAACUGGAGUUCAACAGCCUCCCGGUUGAAGAUGUGCUGGCUGCAGCCAGCUACCUUCAUAUGUACGACAUUGUGAAAGUCUGCAAGGGCAAGCUGAAAGAUAAGGAGUUGUGCGGGGAUGAAAAGAUGAACGGCAGUGGGAUCCCUUUGGAAAGGGACAUGCGGGUCCUUGAUGAAGGAGUGCCCUUGGGGUAUGAGCUCAGCCCAGGGAAUAAACAAAAAUUGGUUUGUACAGAAUAUGAAAGAUCAGCUGGAAAAGAAAAGGACAGUGGCUAUCUGGGUUGGUCCUCUGAUCUUGUAAGUAUCAACUCUUCAUUAGCAGAAGCAGAACUGGACACCGUGGCAGUUGAGAAAACAAGAGCUAAUGCCUGUAGUUCAGUGGGACCUUUGUCCCAAAGAUCUCUUAACCACUCCUUGGCUUCAUCUGGCAUAGAAUGCGCUUUAGACUUGUCUUUCAAGUCUGUGGCUGGAAAGGAUUCCUUCCACCCCUCCUAUGUCUUUGAACAGCUAGCUUCCAAUGGUCAGCAGCAGAGUAGCAAGCCCCUGAUUAAGGAUGAGCCAGAGUCUUUGUCAGAUGAAGAAGAUAGUGAGGCAAGAUGCCUAAAAAAUCAGCAUUUGAGGAAUUCUGCCAAGAGCCUGAUGACAGGAUUGGGAAACGUGUUUGCAGGGAAUGGCAAUUCCCAAGAGCCAGAGGAAGACUUAGAUCACGAGCGGGAGGUGAGUGAAGACGACAUGGAUUCCUCUGACAUUCCGUCCUUGGGGGUCUUGGUGCCUCCAGGUCACAUCUGCAUUUGCCCACUCUGCAGCAAAGUCUUUCCUAGCCCGCAUGUCCUCCAGCUGCAUCUCAGCUCUCAUUUCCGUGAUAAGGAUAUUUCAAGAACCAGGCUUUCCCCUGAUGGUUCAGUGCCUACUUGUACACUUUGCGGCAAGACUUUCUCCUGUAUGUACACCUUGAAAAGACAUGAGAGGACUCACUCGGGUGAGAAACCAUACACCUGUGGUCAGUGUGGGAAGAGCUUCCAGUAUUCUCACAAUCUGAGCCGCCAUGCAGUGGUGCAUACGAGGGAGAAGCCCCACGGCUGCAAGUGGUGUGAGAGACGAUUCACUCAGUCAGGCGAUUUAUACAGACACAUCCGUAAAUUUCAUUGUGGCCUUGUAAAGUCACUGGUGGUUUGAGAGAAGUUGCCAAAAGGCACCAUUUACUGGAUUUCUUUACUCUGUUGAUUCACUUCAGGCAAAUUAUAUUUUGAGGGAUUGGGAAAAUGUAAUUGUACAUUUCAUAGAGGGAAGGCUUCAGUUGGGCAUUCUUCCCAUCACUGGGCCUACUAUAGGUCUGCAAUUACCCUUAAUAUUCUGUUCAUUUUGGAGUAACAAGCUGAAUCUCAAGCUGAAUUCUUGGAAAGCUGAUUUAAUCUUUAUGGUUUACUGUAAUUGGUAUGCUUCUGUCUUGGUGGAUGUGCUUCUGAUAAGUUGGAAAUAUGGUGAGGAAAAUAGAAACCUUGAUCAAAAGUGCUCCUUGGGUGAGAUGUACCAGAUUUGCCUGCAUAACAGCUCCUCCCUUCCAGUUUAGCACUCAUAUCUGCAGUGCAGAUGCCUCAAGAAGGCGAUUUCAGAGUUCUAAUGGCCCCAGUUCCUUUCCUGCUUUGGAUGUAGCUUUUUUUUAGUCAAUGUUUUUAAUCUGUUCCAGACAAGGAAAAAUUCAGAGGGGGAGGGAUAGACUUUUUUAUUUAUGAAGUGUGUGAGAGAGAAGAAAUCUGAUUCAUGUGCCUCAUGGGGACUAUCUAGAAUUCUUAUAAUAAUUUUUACUAUAAUUUGAAGAGGCCUUGAAAUCGAUGUAAAGUGGGGCUGAAAAUUCCCCCUUUAUCAGCAGGUGAUAGUUUUGUUCUUUUGAAACUCUUCCUGCCAAAUCAUCAGCCUCACUGGUGCUGCUAUUCUUUUGCCUUUGCCAAUAUUUUGGAAUUUCUCUCUGAAUUUACAUUUCUUGUGAAUUGUAGUGAAAUACUUGUUCUCUGCCUUUGUUGGUAUUCUUGCAGCUCUGAUUCAUUGGUGGCCCUAGUUGUGUAUUAUUUUCUUCCCUCUUGGCUAUCAUGUAUAGAAUUUUGGAUGUGAACUGUGGCUUUUGUAUAUGGAAAGCCAGAGUGCUUCCCCCACCCCCUAAUAUGAAUUAUCUGCUGUGAAAUGAAUCUCAGGUGGAAUACAUGCAUACAUACCUGUGCAUACAUACCUGGAUUAAUGCUGAAGGAAACCGUAGGAGAAAACCUUUCAAGAUGAAUCUUGAAAUGGUGUAGGAGAGAGUCAAGAUGCAGGCAUUAUAACUUGGUGCAAACACAUUCAUACUUAACUAGUGUAAUCCUCUAGUUUUGCUUCUAACAAAAGCACUUUUUCCAUGUAAAUUAGGGGAGAAAAAUGGGAAUUUUAAAAUUUUAAAUUUUCUUUGCCUAUUGAGACCGUUGAAAGUUUCUAAUUCCCCAAAGAUCCCUUCCUUCUCUAAAUUACUUGACAGGCAUGUUUUUUAGGAUUUGGUGGGGGGGAGGAAAUUUCACAGUCAACAUGGUACUGCAGAUUAUUCAAUGGUGGAAACAUACUGUAAUAAUUCUACUUUAUCAAUGAAAAUAAGUGGUAGUAUUUGAAGGCCCAUUGCCUUUCUAGUGCUUAUUUUGCUUCAUGUAGAAGCUAUAGCCCUCACUUACCAUCAACUGUAAAGUUAUUUUUGGUCUUAGAUUGCCAACUGUGAUUAAUCCUUCCCAUACCAUUGUUGUUUGAUCGCAGUCAUUGGGAAAAAGUGCAAGAUCAGACUACGCUAUCUCCCCUUCCCCCCUCCCAGCUGAAUAAUUCAAGUUGAGCCUCACAGGCCUGGUUUUAUUUGAACCAGGCCAGUGAAGACAUUUCUCUAUGAAGCAUUCAUAGUUGCUGUGUCCAUCCAUCUGUUCAUACAUAAACAGAUAAUUUGUGUAUUAAGGAUGAAUGUUCUUCCUUAACGUAUUCACAUACUUUACUCCCAUUAGCACUAACUUAGACCUAUCUCUAAAACAUCUGGCUGCUGCAGGAAGUCAAUUGAUUGGGGGGAGGGGAGGCUGUUUCUUGGAAACUGAAGAAUCAGGCUUUGCCUGACUCUUAAUGCAUGUUUGGCUGGAACAGUUGAUGGACAUAGAUUUAGGUUUGAAGAAGAAAAAUGGGUUCAAACCAAUAGGGCCUUGAAAAGUUAUGAGAGGAUCAGAUGAGCAUGUUGGAGGUACAGAUGGCAGUUGCAUUAAUGCAUAAUUUCCUUCAGAGGAAAAAAUACUUUGUUAUAAUAUGCACAUGCCUUUUUUUAAUCUUCAAAAAAAUAAGCUUUUGAAAAUAUCUCUUCUGCAUUUCAAAUUAUGGGGGAAUCUAUUGGUCUCCAGAAAAUGCAGUGCCAUUUUGUUGCACUGAACAUUAAGGCUAAAGUAGUGUGAGUUAUUCCAUAGGAUUGUAAAGGAGCAGGAACUGGUUUCUUGGAAGUAGAUCUUCCAGCAAAGAAGUUCAGUUUCCUUCUGAAGUCCCCCCAAAGUUUCCUCUGCUGUAGAAUACUUUGUGUUCUUAUUGAUAUACAGUUCAUUUUCAUAGAUCAAAUCAGUAAAAUGCUACUGAUUUGUAGAUGGGAAAGGCAUAAAUAACUCCUUACAAGCAAAGCAUUACUGCAUGGCUUUGGGUUGUGUGGUAUUUUGGAGAGUUUAAAACAGAUUGAAAUGUGGUACCUUUGGAACAGAUUUGGGAUGCUCACUUAUUUCUACCUAAUUCCAGUAUUCGGUUGCCUGUCAUGUUAUUAAACUUGACUUCAGUUACCCACAAAAUAUAUUUUUGCAUAUGUGAAAUAUUUAUAAACAAAGAAUAUAACUGAUUAGAUUUCUGAGAAGUUGGUGUUCAAUGAAUGGGACUAGAGGAGGAUUGCCAAAACAAAUGUACUGUCAUUUUGGAUGCACUGAAAUGAUAUUUUUUAAAAAAGCAAGUAAUAUUAAUGCUUCAGAAGAAAAUAUUAUUCAGCACUUCCCAUUAAUUAAUAGAAUUCCCCAAAAGGGAGGUUGCAUAAGUUGCCACAGAGAAUUGUUAUGUGCUCAGCCAAAAUUGUGAUUGUGGGUGGUUCUUGGUGUCUUUUUUAACAAUAAUAUAUCCCACUGUUGAAAAGGCAUGUAAACAAUAACAUCUCUUUAUCUAUAGAGUUAAUGCAAAACAGUGUCUCUGUUUUAAUUUUUUCCCCUUCCUGAUUUUAUGCAUUUCCCUUUGAACUGUAGCCAAAAUACUUAGGAAAUAGUGCUAUGAAAAAUUGCAAUAUAGCUGUUUUGGAGAGGGAGAUGUUAUGAUAAGUGACUCCUUUUUAUUCAGAUAAAAACUUAUGGUGCAAGCUUUUUUAACUCCUAUUUUAAAUGAUAGUGGCCAUAGUAUGUGAAAUUUGACAUUUAUUGAAUAUUUGAUUCUACUGUAGGUAAUUGGUGACUGUAUAAACAUUCUUACUAACAAGGCGUGGUAGAGCACCAUAUUCCUAAGACAUGUGACAGCAGUACUGUGUCCUUUCUUCCUAUCUUUACCCCACCCCUUGGCCCAGAUUGGAAAUAGCACUGAACAAAACCUUCAAGUUAAGUUAUUUCUUUUCUUUUUAAAAUUUAAGUUAUAUAUCUAUAUAUAUUUUCCUCCUGAUGAUACUUGAUAUAGUAUUUAUUAGAUUUUUUUUUAAAUUAAGGAAUGCUUGCUGUGGAGCUUUUUCAGAAUAACACGUGUGAAAUUGGUGAUUUUAAUUAUUUUUCUGUACAUGUUUUACAAAGUGAAUGUGUGAACAUGUGAACCAGUACACAGAAUGUAGUGCUCUUUAUAUGCUGGUCCUAUGCUGGGUGGAAUGGCGUGAAAAUACACAUCUCAACAUGGAGUCUUGAUUGUUUGCAAAGAGCUCUCCUUUCUUGAUUGCAGUGGAGAAUGAGGAAGAGAUGCUUUAUCCCAGGCGCAAUGCAAGGGGCACUACAAGGAAGGACUUAAGUACCUGGGUCCCUGAACUCAUUUGCCUCUUCUCUUGGUACUUGUUGAAGGAUUUAAAAUUAAAUGCCAUAGGAUACCAGUAGGUUGGAUUUGAGGGUUUUGUAUUUUAGCUAAGUUUAAUUUUUAGGAAGAGGCAUGCUCUCUGCUGCAGUUAAAAAAGAACAGGUGGCAGAUGCAUCCUAAGGGAUUUGUUGAAGUGUUGUUUUUUUAUUAUUAUUUCUCAAAAUUUCUGGGUUAAUCACUUCUUUUUUAAAAAAAAAGAUUGCACUUUUAUUUAAAUAUCUUUUUCAUUUUUUUGGAUUUUUUUUAAAUCGUUGCAAUAGUUCUGAGCAUGUUUUGUUUGUUUUUUUAUGUUUCUUUACUCCACAGAAAAUUACUAAGCACUGUAUACUUAGGUUUGUUCCUUCAUAUUCAGCAGCUGCUCUGGUUUGCGGAGAGCAUAACUGGAAAUUUGGGGGCUCCGUUUUGAUUUUACUCAUUGGAGUCAGAAUUUUAUCAUAAUACAGCUUUACUUAUAACACUGAAUUUGUCUUCUACUUCAAACCAAUACUGUGAAGUUAAUGUUUGAAAGAAAAAAAAAUCUGCUAUUUUAAAUUGCUUUUAAUCUUGGUGCAGUUCAGAUUCAAAUAUGUAUAUUUAAAGACACUAAUUUUUGUGGGAGAGUUUUUAUAGUGUAUAGUAUGUAGAAAAGCUAUUGGAUUGAACUAUAUUUUAUUAAAAAAAGUUCUUUCACUGUUUUAUAGUGAAUUAUUACCCUUACCCUCUUAUUGUUGGUUCUAUGCUGUAUUUUAGGCUAGGUUCGACAAUCGCAUAAAAAUGACUUUGACAAACUUUAAUGUCUAGUUUCUGUGUGGUUUUGUUCCUUUUUUUAAAAAAAAUUGUGUGUUGGUAUGUGCUUUUUUAAAAAAGGAAAAAACUGUGACAAUCGUGAUUAGAACUGUACUGAAUAAAACACACUAGAGCUAUAAA